AUGGCAAGGACUUCUCUGUUGUUAUCUUUAGCCUUAGUUCUAGUCAUCGCCUCCGUCUCGGCUCACCCACCUAAUCCCAAGAAAACACAAAAGAACAUAUGUCCACCUACUUUGGGGGGAAUCCAAACCAUCCCUUCCAAUGAAAUCUCCAAGUUCAUCGAAGGAAAGGCCAAGUCCGCACCAAACAGCGCUCAGUUCAACGCUUUGUUCUCCAUAUGCAAAACCUUCAGCAACCAGCUCGCAGCCUUCAAGGUUGCAGGCGUUAGGAACGUGAUUCGCGUGGCCUACACCAAAUACGCUAUGAUAGCCAAGGCGAUGUUUGCGGCUGAAGCAGCUAUUGGUAUUGAAGGUUCCCUUGCGGCUAAGCUCGAGAAGAGCUACAACGUUAUGGCUGGAUGUUUUGUUAAGCUUGAGGAAAAGAUUGCUGAGGUCUCGGCCAAGUAUAAGUUCAAUGCUAACGCUAUGAUAAGCCAAGGGGAUAGGGACAAGAUCGACGAAUGUUUGAUUAACUUGAAGGGUGCCAUUACUGUUUUCGUGAAGGUGAUCACUGAGUGCACCAUGAAGUUCUCUUCCGUGAAUCAAAUCGGCAUCCCUCUUGUUCGCGGCAGCGGCGGCGGUCUCAUCGGUGCUUUCACCAAGAACGGCGUCGGUUUUGGCUCUAACUUGAUCGGUUUAAGCGGCCACAGCCAAGCUGAAGCUAAGGUUGGAGUUCAAAGUCAUGUCGGAGGCAGGAGAUUGUUCGGGGGGUUCUUUGACUUGGGAGGAUUCGUUAAGUACGAUGCGGCGGGUAAGGCAAAGUUCAGAGGAGAUGGAGAGUUCAAAUCACGGGUCCACCCUAGCAAGAAACACUUAGACUGA